AUGGCAUCAGAAGACGAGUUCCAGCUCUUCACAUCCCUGAGAUACGAUCCACUACUGCUCCAAUCCGAGGAAAACUCCAGAGCCAUCUUGAACUUCGUCACGCCGUCACCCUUCUACAUGCUCGCAUACCACCGAGACCGGAUGGUGGAAGCCGCACAGCACUUUGACUUUUUCGAAGUCGAGAAAAGACUGAAAGAUGGGAAGGCAUUGCAUGAGGAACUGUUGAAGCGAGUGCAAGACGAGAUGAAGAAAACAGGAAAAGACGAAGCAAUGAAGCUCCGACUCCUCUUCGACAAAGCCGCCAAUCUAACCGCACACUAA